AUCCUGAGACUCUGGAGUUAUACAGUCUUGGUCUGAUCUACUUUGAUUGUUAGCAUUCUCCUUUCUCCAGAGAAAACUUUCCUUCCAAAUGAGAGAUUUGUAACUAACAUUGACCUAGAACUGGGAAAAUGCUCAACUUCACUGACGUGACAGAGUUUAUUCUUUUGGGACUAACCAGUCAUCGGGAAUGGCAAAUUCUCUUCUUCAUCGUUUUUCUUGUGGUCUACAUUAUCACCUUAGUGGGCAAUAUUGGCCUGAUUAUGUUAAUUAAGGUCAGUCCACAGCUCAAUAGCCCCAUGUACUUUUUUCUCAGUCAUUUGUCAUUUGUAGAUGUGUGUUUUUCUUCCAAUGUUACCCCUAAAAUGUUGGAAAACCUGUUAUCAGAGACAAAAACUAUUUCUUACAAUGGCUGUUUGGUACAGUGCUUCUUCUUCAUUGCCCUUGUCCAUGUAGAACUUUUCAUCCUUGCCGUGAUGGCCUUUGAUAGAUACAUGGCAAUCGGGAAGCCUCUGCUCUAUGGCAGCAGAAUGUCAAGGGUUGUCUGUGUUCGACUGAUCUCUUUCCCUUACAUAUAUGGUUUUCUGACUAGUCUGGCAGCAACAUUAUGGACUUAUGGCUUAUACUUCUGCGGGAAAAUUGAGAUCAACCACUUCUACUGUGCAGACCCACCUCUCAUCAAAAUGGCCUGUGCUGGGACCUUUGUCAAAGAGUUCACCAUGAUCAUACUUGGAGGCAUUAAUGGCACGUACUCUCUGACUGUAGUUGUCACUUCUUAUCUGUUCAUUCUCAUCUCCAUUUUACGGAUGCACUCAGCAGAAGGGAGGCGGAAGGCCUUCUCCACCUGUGGGUCCCACUUGACAGCUGUCAUCAUAUUUUAUGGGACUCUCAUCUUCAUGUACCUCAGACGCCCCACAGAGGAGUCCGUGGAGCAGGGGAAAAUGGUGGCUGUGUUUUACACGACAGUGAUCCCCAUGCUGAACCCCAUGAUCUACAGUCUGAGGAACAAGGAUGUGAAAGAGGCUGUGAACAAAGUGAUGAACAGAAAAUGUGUAACAAAUUAAAAUAAAAUUGAGUGAAUUUUG